AUGUACUUGAUCAGUGUCUUUGGAAACCUGCUCAUCAUCCUGGCUGUCAGCUCUGCCUCCCACCUCCACACGCCUAUGUAUUUCUUUCUCUCCAUCCUGUCCUUUGUGGACAUUUGUAUCACCUCUACCAUCAUCCCAAAGAUGUUGGUAAAUAUACAGACACAGACUAAAAUUAUAACCUAUACAGGAUGCAUCAGCCAGAUCUAUUUUUCCACACUCUUUGCAGGCUGGGACAACUUUCUCCUGGCCGUGAUGGCCUAUGACCGCUUCGUGGCCAUCUGUCACCCCCUGCGCUACACAGUCAUCAUGAACCCCCGGCUCUGUGGACUGCUGGCUCUGGUGUCCUGGAUCACGAUUGUCUCCUUAUUUUAUUGCACGGUCCUGGAAGGGUACCUUAUCUCCUCUGCUACCCAGAACUUCCACUCAAGUGCCACAGCCUCGGUGAUGUACACGGUGGUCACGCCCAUGCUGAACCCCUUCAUCUACAGCCUGAGGAACAAAGACAUAAAGGGGGCUCUGAGGAGAUCCUUCAGGAUGGCAGGGACAAAAGGGACCAUCGUCCUGCUGGUGAAGAAAUGCCCUUGA